AUGCGCGGCUGGCAGACCGCAACGACAGAUGCCGCUCGCGUCGCGGCCGCCUCGCCCGACGCCCAGGGCGCCGGCAGCGCCUGCAGAGCCGCGAGGGUCGCCAUGGAGUGCGGAGGCGGCGGCGGCGGCGGCGCCGGAGGCGGCGGCGGGCGGCAGCAGCUGGUGGAGGGCGCGGCGCAGCGCCUGGAACGAAGCUGGCGUCCUGAGCGGCCGGCUCUCACCUCGGCCCACAGCUCAGCCGCCUCCGCCCUAAGGACGCGCGCCGCGGGCUGCCGACUCGUCAGGGGCGCCGCCUAUCGACCCGCCGCCCAGCGCAACGCAGCACUGCGCGCCAUGGCCGAGCACCACCGAUAUAUAACAUGCAAACUAACAUUAAUUAUCGACUUUCAUGAACCCUUCGUGAACGAGCGGGAAGUGGGAGGCGGCAAUCCUGAUCUGUUCCAGUGCAGCAUCUCGUCCAGCAGCUGA